GUAGAGGGCGUAAAGUGAAACGUUCACGCCGCAUUUAAUGCCACCUCUGUUCAUGCUCCUCCUCCUCUCUUCGAGCGCCGCUUCUUUGACUGCCCUCGUCGAGACCGUCGAAUCCCAGCGACGGAGGAGAAAUCGAGGCUGGAGGAAGCGGCGGGCGAGGGCCAUGGGGCAGUGCUACGGCAAGAACGUCUCUGUCUCCGAGGACGACGGCGCCGCUCAGACCUCGGCCAAUGGCGCUGGAGAAAUCGUCCCGGGGACGCCCGCCAGGAAAUCCCGGGGUGGCGCGACCGCGCCUCUCUACUCCUACGGCGCCGGUGCUGCCUGGCCUAGCCCAUACCCGCAGGGCUCCGCCAGUCCUCUCCCCGUUGGUGUCUCCCCCUCGCCCGCCAGGUCCACCCCCCGGCGAUUUUUCGGGAGGCCUUUUCCGCCGCCGUCCCCGGCGAAGCACAUAAAGGCUGCUCUCGCGAAGCGGCAAGGUCCCCCGAAACCUAAAGAUGGGCCAGUCCCCGAGGACGGGACUGGGGAGGGGGAGAGGCCGUUGGAUAAGAACUUUGGGUAUAACAAAAACUUUGGGGCGAAGUAUGAGCUGGGGAAGGAGGUCGGAAGGGGCCAUUUCGGGCAUACCUGCUCGGCUACUGCUAAGAAAGGGGAGAUCAGGGGUCAGCUUGUUGCCGUCAAGAUUAUCUCUAAAGCUAAGAUGACAACACCUGUAUCAAUUGAAGAUGUUCGCCGGGAGGUUAAGAUCCUGAAAGCUUUAUCUGGCCAUAAAAAUCUUGUCAAGUUUUAUGAGGCAUGUGAGGACACACUUAAUGUCUACAUAGUGAUGGAAUUAUGUGAAGGUGGAGAAUUGCUAGAGAGAAUUUUGUCCAGAGGUGGAAGAUACACAGAGGAGGAUGCAAAGGCUAUUGUUGUCCAAAUACUGAGUGUUGUUGCCUUUUGUCAUCUUCAAGGUGUUGUGCAUCGUGAUUUAAAGCCAGAGAAUUUUCUUUUUGCCACUAAAGAUGAAUGUGCUGACAUGAAGCUGAUUGAUUUUGGACUUUCAGAUUUUAUUAAACCAGAUGAAAGGCUGAAUGAUAUUGUUGGAAGUGCUUACUAUGUUGCCCCUGAAGUCUUACAUAGAUCAUACAGUACGGAGGCAGAUAUCUGGAGUGUUGGAGUUAUAACGUAUAUUCUGUUGUGUGGCUGUAGACCUUUCUGGGCACGAACUGAAUCAGGAAUUUUUCGUUCUGUUCUGAGGGCUGAUCCCAACUUUGUUGAUUCACCGUGGCCGGAUGUUUCUCCAGAAGCCAAAGAUUUUGUGAAAAGGCUAUUAAAUAAGGAUUUUAGGAAAAGAAUGACAGCUGCACAGGCUUUGACCCACCCUUGGUUGCGAGAUUUACAACAGAAAAUUCCAUUGGAUAUUGUUAUCUAUAGACUAGUGAAGUCUUAUCUUCGAGCAACACCUCUUAGGCGAUCUACCUUAAAGGCACUGUCUAAAGCUCUGACUGAGGAUGAACUUUUUUAUAUGAGGUUGCAGUUUAAGCUAUUAAAGCCAACAAGAGAUGGUUUCGUAUCGCUUGAAAACUUUCGAAUGGCAUUACUGCAAAACGCCACUGAUGCAAUGAGGGAGUCCAGGGUUGUUGACAUUCUAAACGCGUUGGAGCCACUCUCGUACACGAGGAUGGAUUUCGAGGAGUUUUGUGCUGCUGCAAUCAGCCCCUAUCAUCUCGAGGCCUUGGAUGGUUGGGAGCAGAUAGCAAGGACAGCUUUCGAGUUCUUUGAACGAGAGGGGAACCGAGUCAUCUCUAUCGAGGAAUUGGCCCAAGAUCUGAACCUGCCUCCUACUGCUUACUCCAUGCUGAAAGAUUGGAUCCGACCGGAAGAUGGCAAGCUCAAUGUUCUCGGAUACACGAGAUACUUGCACGGUGUCACGAUACGCAGCUCCAACACGAGACAUCAUCGCUAGAUCUUUGGUGACCAUUCUUGUAAUUGCUUCUAAUGGUGUUCCAUUAGAUCUAAAGCAUGCCCCCUUAGUCAAGUUUUUUAUUUUUUGUUUAUUUGUUGAUGCACGUUGAUGGUAGUUUCUUUUAGAAGAACACACAGAAAAGAAUUAAAACACACAGAGGCUAUCGCCCUUGUUAUGUGAUGUGAUGAUUUCAAGACCCCCAACCACAGCAAAUAUUUUAUCUUCA